AGGGGGAGAGAGGUAAAUAGCCUUAAAUCGGAAGGGAGCUGCUUCUCUGUGGUCUUCCACAAGAGCUGCCUGGGCUCCGCUGGCUCAGUAAUAACUGAGUGACCUUUUCUUUUGCUGUAUUAUGUCUGGCUGGUAAGGGAUUGCAUUUUGCAGCUGAUAAAGCCCUGACUUCAUUCAACUCGGCUCCUCACACGCUGCUUUAGGAGAAGAGCUACAAAGCAGCCACUGUGCUUAUUGAACUGCCUCCCCUGUAUCGCUUAAUUGAGAAGGUAUACAAAUGCUCUCAGUCCAGCCAGACACCAAGCCGAAAGGUUGUGCUGGCUGCAACCGUAAGAUUAAAGACCGAUAUCUUCUAAAGGCCCUGGACAAAUACUGGCAUGAAGACUGCCUGAAAUGUGCCUGCUGUGACUGUCGCCUGGGGGAGGUGGGCUCUACCUUGUACACCAAAGCCAACCUGAUCCUUUGCCGCAGAGACUAUCUGAGGUUAUUUGGCGUUACAGGAAACUGUGCUGCCUGCAGUAAGCUCAUCCCUGCUUUUGAGAUGGUGAUGAGAGCAAAGGACAACGUUUAUCACCUGGACUGUUUCGCAUGUCAGCUUUGUAACCAGAGAUUUUGUGUGGGAGACAAAUUUUUCCUGAAGAACAACAUGAUUCUGUGCCAGACAGACUAUGAGGAGGGUUUAAUGAAAGAAGGUUAUGCGCCCCAGGUUCGCUGAUCGGAUGCCACAUCAUUAAGAAUAAAAAGCACUAUGUUCUUUUAUCUUUUUUGCUCCACAUGUAUAUAAGAAAUGACACAGGAACCUACUGAAUAGCAUAGAUAUAGGGAGACAGAAGGGUUGUGUGAAAUAAAAGGCGGACUGCAUCUGUAUGUAGUGAAAAUUGCUCCAGUUCAGAGUUGAAUGUUAAUUACAAAGGUACUGUAUAUAAAGCUGGAUUCUUUUUGCUUGCUCUUGGGAUUUUCAGUUCAUUUGGGGUUUUUUUUGUUUCUUUUUGUGUCAUUUGGCAUGAGAUGUUUAUUUUGGACUAUUGUACAUAAUGUAUUGUAAUAUUUGAAGCACAAAUGUAAUACAGUUUUAUUGUGUUACCAUUUGUGUUCCUGUUUGCUUCUUUGUAUUGUUGCAUUUAGUACAAUCAGUGUCUAAACUUACUGUAUAUUUAUGCUUUCUGUAUCUACCAGCUAUUUUAAAUGAGCUGUAUCUUUCUAGUAAAAAGCAUUAAAGAGCAAAUCCCAACCAUUAUGCUACACUUAGAGCUUAAGAAUACUGUUUACAUUAAAACUAUUUAGGAAACUAAUAACUAGCAGCACCUGCUGCUAAUGAUGCUAUGGUUAAGGGUCUAUCAGCACUUCUCUUAUAAGCCUCUAUUUUUCAGGGGUUAAGCAUCUGCUGUUUAAUUGCAUGGAUUUUCCUCAAAGAGCACUUUUAUUUUACUACAAAAUUUUGAAAAGCAAAUCUGACUGGUUUGAGAUAUAUUAUAAAAGGUGCAAAAGUUAAUGCUUUUGGGUGCUGCUUUUGUGCCCCUUAGGCAUUCCAAAUGCCUGCAUUUGAUUUUUAAUUUAGCUGGAAAUUAAGCCCUAAUGCAAACCAGUGCC